GUCGCGUCAGAAAGCCUGCGGCUGAGUUCUUGACAGUCCAUUUUUUCGUGGCAUUGCGCUACAAUGUCAACGAUAGGUUCGGGGAAGCGCAAGCGCGAAGAGGAUCUACCGCGCAUAACAUUCAGUGCUCCGGGCCGAACGUUUGAAAGGCUGUUUAAAGAGCAGUCUCUUGAAGCACUGAAGAAUACCGUUCGUAAGAAGCUCGGCUUGACCUCAGAAGCCCUCGAAUUUUCGCAGAUUCGAGAUGGGAGAGACAUAGACUUAGAGGAUGAGGAUGACUUUGAUGCCUUCAAAUCAUUCGCUGUGUCGAAUGGCGUUGCUCAGGUCAGAGUCAAGGUGCCCUCUGUUCCUUCACAAUCUGGGUUACCUUCUCAACCUCAAAGGAUAGCAAGUCCUGAAGAGACUCAACUCGAUUCAGCUGUUAAGGAUAAAUCUAGCCACGGUGGUCAGGACACGCCAAUUGAGGGUCCCAUGACGCUUACACAAUUUCUUAUGGCAGGAGUUAUACCUCUUCCGAUGAACACCGCGAAGGUCAACAGUGCACUUGGCACAAACGUUCCGUCUCAGUCCAAUAAUAUUUCCGAACAGCAAAGUGCUGUGCCGAAUGCUACGGGGAGAGCUAAUGUAUCCCGAGUAAAGACACCAAAGCGAAAAGACAAGCAAGCUUCUCAAGCGGAGCCAGGCACUUCAAUACCAGAGGUGCCUGCUGAUGUCCCGUCUGCAAAUGAGGGGAGACCAGAAGAGACGUCUGAAUUGCCUCAAGGACCGAAAGGGAGGUCAAAAAAGCCGCCUUUGUCAAAAGCAAAGCAUGUUCCUGAGACUGCGAGUGCUAAUACGGGCCUGCAAGAGGCUUCAGAUCUUCCUGGUAAUAGAGGGACGGAUAAGGCGAAGGGGUCGCAGGCGAAGAACGACGCUGCGCAACGUGCAAUUAUUCUACUUAACGGAACGACGUCCGCUGAACAUCAUCUUACCAGCUCAGCGACACAGGACUCGCUCUCUAAGCCUACAGCCGCAUCGCAACCCACUGCAACCCUUGCCGAACCACAGAAACCAAAACGCAAAAAGAGAAAGAAAUCAAAUCCUGCAAACGGCGAGGUCUCCCCGUCAGAACCGUCGCCCGUUGACUCUCCGGCAACUCCAUUGCCACGUGACGAGUCUGGGAAGGGAAAGCCAAUGGAGGAAGGGAGUCGACAACCCGCGGUUACUACUGGAGCACCCAUUCUGGAUAAUAAGAAGGGCAGGAAACGCAAGCUUGACUCAGGCGAAAAGGUUGGAAUUGACGCAUCCUCCAUAACGGACACUGGCAAAACCAAAAAGCAGAGGACCGCAAAAGGCAGUGCAGCUCCUAAAGCGGCGCUAUUACAAUUCGAGACAGGCAAUACUAAUGGUUCUAAUGUGUUGGAAGUUCCAAGGUCAGUAACGCUGCAAUGAAGAAAGCGAAGCCACCAGGACAGCAUGCUACGACUGCCGGCACUGUUGAUGCGGACGUUGACGACGCCAUUGCACGAGCAUUGCGAAAACGCGUAAGCGAAUCUUCUAGACAACUUACUUCAACGCCGCCUGUAACGACCGCCAAACCUGCAGCUCCAGUCGUAGACGAGACAGGUUUGGUGGAUAGAGCUGUAGAAUAUUCCGACGACGUAUUUGAUAAGAGUUCUGCGAACAAAGACGUUAUGCAAACGAAGGACGCAAUCACGGGGAAAAUCAUCAAGACAAAACCCUCAGGGACUGCGUUAAUCCUCGUUGACUCGGACAACGUUCCAUCAAAAACAUCAUCAAAUAGUGCCAUUGCCGUUCGUAAUACCAUAGGCAAGGAUUUAUCUACCUCUAAACCGAAUCAGAAUCGAAAGACACCUACCAACGGUAAUCUUGCACCAACAUUGAAUAACGUCCAUUCAACUACCACUGCACGUGCGUCAAUAGUUCCCACUGGCUCAGACAUUUCGGAGAUUGUCGUACAGCGCAAGGGCGAGAGCACUAGUUCCGAUUCUUCCAGUGAUUCGGAUGAUUCAGACUCGGAUUCAGCAGAGGAAGAGGACACGUAUAAUGGAACACAAAUAACGCAUCCGGAUCUGCUAAAUAGCAGAACAGGACUCAAGGUGGACUCUUCCUUGCCGACGGGUAAGACUACUCCUGUUACGGUUAUGGACGUGGAUAGUCUCCUUCAUCCAAAGAGCUCCCAAUCUUGGCGGAGCAUCAUCAUGUCACCAGAAAUCCGAAGUGAUAGUGAUGAGAAGUUCAUGUCAGACGAGGAUGACCAGGACGAAGAAGCAGAAGGCCAUGGUCAUAAGAGGCAACGUCGGAGUAGUUUUCUGGCUCGACGUUCACCUUCAACGUCCGUUGAUGAUGAUGAUGAUGAUGAUGAUGACGACGACGACAGUUCGCGGGAUGCUGAAAUUGCUACGGAAGGAGGUUUACGUGAAGGUUCGAGUGGGAUCACAUAUGUUGUAGCCUCUCAAGCUGGAACCCCGGUUCUGGAUACAAUGGAAGGUGAUGAUAGGCCAGAGGGUCAGACAGAUGAUCGCCAACCAGAUGUGGCAGAAGGUCGAAUAUUUGAAGACCGGUCUGCAAUAUCCAAAUCGAACAGGUCGAAAGGCAACGCACGAGCUAGUCUUGUUCGUGCAAGUUCUCAGAUGCCUGGUCCAUCGCGGCUACCAUCAUUCAAGGACGUCAAUGCCCGUGGUGAAAGUGUACUUACUGAAGGCGCGGCGAACCGUGCCGUCAACCAGGCAAUGGAAGAGGAUGAUACGCUGUUUUUCUCCGGCUUGGCUGCCCACAAGAGUGAUUCAUCCUCCACGGGACGGCCGACGCCCAGCGAGGCGAAGAAUGACAACUCUCUUGUGAAUGGGUUGACAAGUUCUGGAAGUAAACGGGACGGUGACUCAGGGUCGUCGAAGGACUCGGAAGAAAGGAUUCCUAGUCCUGCUCCUUAUGUGCCGUCGGCACCGACAGGCAGAUCUUCUUCUCGAGCCUCCUCAAGGCAAACCGAGAACGUCGAAACCUCGCAACAAAACGUGUUAACCCGUUUCGUCGGAUCGUUUUUCUGGUCCACACCAAAAGCCACAGGACCAGGCAGUCCUGGGACGGUCGGACGCAUGAAGGAUCGUCAAGGGAAAGUGGGCGCACCAAAGGCUCCUUUUACACCUAUAACAAAGAUGCAGGUCCCCGAUGCCGAGCAUAUCUUUGACGACCCCAUCGAGAGCUGGACUGAUUCCCAAAAGACAACCGUAGAACGGCAAGGAAAUGCUUCUCACAGCAUGCACGAUGCGGAAACAGCAUCCAAGGGUUCACGAGUCGGGACAGAGCAGUCAUCCGGGACACGUCGAGUACUUAGACCACGGAAACGAUUGGGUUCUUCCUUGUCAACGUCCAAAGGGACGGGGGGACCAGGAAAUGCGGAUAGUGUUAGCAUUGAACAAGGUCGGCAAGAUGAGCCUGGGCUGGAGGGCGACUCGGCUCGUCGGUCGCGGAGAGAAGAGGCGGAGACAUCGCGAGCUAAGAAACGCAAUGCAUCUUCCGUAGAUUAUGUUCCUGCAUCCGAUUCUGAAGAUACUUCCGAUUUCGAGGAGAAGGAAGAACCCGUCUCUUACAAGGAUGAUUCCCAUGCAUCGGCGGCGUACGUUAAAGCGAACGAAGGUGCCGGCCGGACUAGAACUGUUAGUAGCGGCUCAGCAACGGAGGUCGAACGUUCUAUAAACGGAGACUUGGCUAUGCUCGACCGCAAUGCUCUACCUCGUUCUCAGCCGUCUAGAAAAAGUCAAGGUACAAAGAAGCAGUGCAUUGCUUCUCCUUUAGACUCAGAGGUCUCCAACGCGGAAGACGACCGCAUCAGCGCAUCGAUGCCACAAAUACGUGAUUAUUCUCAUCGUCCUUCAAUCAGUAGUGUUCGCAGUCUGCAGCACAUUGCUAGCAAGAAAGAUCUCUUCUCUCCAUCAUCUACGCCUCGACCACCAUACGCUAGCUCUCAAGCGAUUGCUAAAAGCGGGCAAAAUGGACGUAUCGACGAGAGUGAGGACGAAGACUCCUCGUCGUCAUCUUCUGACUCCGAGACAGAUACCGAACGCCAAUCUAGCAUUCCAAAGGAAAGGCGAGCAGGUAGCGUGCCUGCAAAAACAAACAGUGGAACAAAAGCUAGACUCUCUGCUCUCUUUGGGUUCUGAUCUUAAUACUUGCUUAAUUUUGUUUUGUUCUCGUUGAUUAUUCACACUAGCUAUUUACUCAACCACAUGCUAUCACUACAUUUUUUCACAUCACAAGCUUGAGUACCGUGCA